AUGACGAAGAAGAAGCAAAAACAAGUCUCUCCUCGGGGACAGCAGCAACCACAACAUCACCAUCAUCAUCGGAAGCAUGCACCAGUCCUCACACUCUAUGAAUUUAUCAAAGUGACUUCACCAACAAAGGAGGAAAGCGAAGAGGAUUUGAAUACUCCGUUCAACCUUGCGAAUCAACAAGCCAAUCAGAUGAAUACAAGUAGUAGAACCACUGAGGCUGGCGAAUGGUUGUUGCAACAAGAGAAAGGCCUCCAUGAGAAUGAAAACAACAUUGAGCAUCACCAACAACAAGAACCAUCUGUUGAUCAUUCGAAAAUAUUUAUUAAUCUAGAAAUGGACAAUUCACUCUUAGAGAGUGUGGAUCCAAAUAAGGAACAUACAAAUAUGGAGCCGCCGGUUCAAAUCAUUGUUGGAGAAGACGACGAAGACAGAAAUCGUCAUGACGAUUCUAAGUCCUCACCAGAAGAACUACCACACUUGUCUCAAAAGGUUCUUGAGGAAAAUAAGAGACCAUCUAAAGAAAUGCCCCUAAUGACGAAUGGAGUACAAGCUUCACCAAUUUUACAUGAUUCUCAAGAAACUGUUGAAAGAAUGAAACAAAUUGUGGGUGAUAGUGUUCUGGAGAGUCCUCGAGAUGUGGAUGAAGGAAAAGAAGAACAUCAUGAAAUUACUAGUGGUGGCGCCUCCAUAUCUGGAAAGGAAUCACUACAAAACAGUACCACCAACCAUAUUGUGGCUGAAGAGAAAAAAGUUGAGCCAAUGCCAUCUACUGAAAAACAAGAUCCAUCUUCCUCAGGGAAUGCCAUUUCUUCCAUCUCGAAAAAGGUGAUGGACAAACUUCAAAUCAGAAGAAACUCUAUUGGCAAAAAGGAUCUUUCACAUAUUACCAAAAUGACACUCAUUACAGAACGACCAACCAACACAAACAUUUGUUCAUGUCUGGUGACACUUGCCAAGCCAAUCACGCAUGAGGAGCUUCUCAAUAGAUUAAGGAAACGCGUUCUUACUAAAUAUCCAAGAUUUCGAUCCAUUGUCAAUCACGACUAUGAAAGCUUCUUUGAAUAUGAAAAUAUUGAUCUUGAAAAACAUAUUCGUUAUUUGAGGGUACCAAAGAGCGGCAUGCAUGAAUAUACUGCACAAGAAGAGAAAGCUCUCCUUCAAGAAUAUCUCGGCAAAAUCUCUAUGGAACCUUUAGAUUUUUCAAGACCAUUAUGGGAACUUGUUGUGAUUGAUAACUGUCCAGCUUUGGGUUACAUUUUAAUGUUUAGAAUGCAUCAUGCCAUGGGAGAUGGUACCAGUUUGCUCAUGUUUCUUUCUCAAUUUUGUGACCAAGGAGAAGAACAUUUCAAGCUCGAAAUUUUUGCACUCAAAGAUCGAUUCUUAGCCAAAGCUGUCAGCAAGUUGGAAACAGUGCCAUUGGUUGGUUUGGUUGUGAGAUUUUUCAAAUUCUUAUGGUUUUUGUUCGGGUUGUUUUUAGUAUUUCUCAAGUGGAUGAAAAUCUUAAUUCUCACUGGUCCUGAUAAGAGUGUGUUCAAAACAGCCAUUUCAACAGAAAAGAGAUUGGGAUGGUGCAAGCCGUUUGAUAUGUCUGACAUCAAACAUGUUGGAAAAACGUUUAACAAUGCCACUGUAAAUGAUGUUAUUUUGAAUUCACUUUCUGGAGCCUUAAUGAGAUUUACAGAGAGAAGAACAGAUAAAAAGGCAGCAAAGAGAGUGACAUUCUCAAUACCGGUCAAUAUUCGAAUGAGCAAUGAUGAGUUUGGAAAAUUAUCAAACAAAUUCGGAUUCAUGCUCGUUCCUGUGGACUUGACAACACGAGAUCCUGUUGAGAGACUACGAUAUGUGAAAAGGUUGACUGAAAAAACUAAGAGCCUUCCUGAGCCAUUCUUCACCUACAACUUUGCCAAGCUCACCUACAUUUUACCCUCAGAAAUGAUUCUCUUUUUGGUUGCCUUUUUAUCCAAAUGGAUUACAUGCGUCUUUACCAAUUUGAUUGGCUCGAGCACAGAAUUAAGCACAAACUCUAUUCCUGUCACUGAAAUUGUGACAUUUGCUCCAUCUCCUGUUGGUGUUGGUCUAGCAUUUGCUGUCUCUUCCUACAAUGGAAAACUCAUCCUCAGUGCCGUCUCUGAUGUUCUGACAGUUGCAGAUCCCAUGGAAAUUAUCACAGAUUUUGAGAAUGAUUUGGAACAAAUUAUUGCCAUGUCAAAAAGUAACCAGCUUGACAACACUAAUUGA